AUGGAACACUUGGUGCAAUUGUAAAUCAAGGACACUGCUGAGAGAUACAGAAUUUGGGAAAAAAUUGGAGGUGGCGGCCAGGCAGUUGUGUACUCAGCUUAAGAUUGUGAUCACCCCGACCAGCAAUACGUUGCUCUAAACAUUGAUGCAGGAAAUGCUUGCGAUGUGAUCAGUAGCUAAAAUUAACAAAAAGAAUCUGAAAAUCUGGCUUAAGAAGAAGUAUCUAGGGAGCUUCUCAGGCUCCUAAGAGAAAUCUCAUCAAUUCAACUCAAGCAUCUGAAUAUCGUGGAGAUUUACGACUCAUAUAUCUCAACUGAUAACAAAUUCAUCUCAAUAAGUGAAUUGGCUCACCAAGAUCUUUAAGAUUUCGUGGCACAACGAUAGAAAAAGUUGACUACACAGGAGAUUUCAAUGAUUUUUCUUCAAAUAAUAAAUGGUCUCGAGUAUACUCAUGACCAAAACUUCAUACACAGAGAUAUAUCUCCAUAAAAUAUCCUUGUUUUCUAGGACUAGCUUAUCAAAAUUUGUGAUUCCGGAUUAGCUUCUUAUGGUGAUCAAUCCAGUCUACUUGUAGGAAAAUAAGAUUUUGUCGCACCUGAAAUCUACUUUGGAAGCAAAAACUAUAACAAAUCAAUAGAUAUAUGGUCACUCGGAAUAACUCUCUAUUACCUUUGUACUGGAUCAACAUAUUGCAAUGGAGAACUUGUCAAUGCUGUUGCUAGAGAAUAGAAUCAUAUUGAGCUACCACCUGAACACAAAAUAUUACAGGCUUUUUUUGAUUAAAUGAUAUAAGUUGACCCUUCAAAAAGACUUUCAGCUUCUAAGAUAAAAGAAGACUUAAUGAAUAUUAUAGAUGAAGGAAGCCCUAUUUUCUAAAAAUAUUAAUCGUCUCUUUUGACCUAUUUGAUGAUAUAAUAGAAAAAUAACUUUCAAAAAUAAUAGAUAGACUUUGAAAAACAAAUUCAAAGAAAUUUUAAAAAAGAAUUGAUUUAAUAAAAUAGUGAUUAACUAUAGCAUUUGAAAGACAUAUAUUAAGAAUUAGAUAAAUCCUAGCUCUUGAUUCAAAUAAGCCAGAGUAAAAAUUGGGAAAAAAAAUAUAUCAAAUAAGGCAAGUGA